AUGUCUGCUGCCGCAUCAUCAUCAUCAUCAUCAUCACCGUCGUCGUCUUCAAAAGAAGUGACAAAAAGCGAUGGAGAAGUUGAAACAACAUCAUCGAAAGCAGAAGAAGGCGAGAAAGAACAACAACAACAACAACAACAACAAAAUGAUGACGAUGAUAAUGAUGACAAUCUUCGAAUGCGACAAGCGUUGCUGGAUUUCCGAAACAGAUACGAACAGUUGAAACACAACCCGUGUUUCGUUUCCGAAAUCGUCGUCCGAGGGAACAAAAGGACCAGAGAAAAGUUGAUUAAAAACUGUUUCGAGAAACGCGUGGAGAAGUGCGGGAACUUGGAAGAGAUUAAAGACGAACUAUUGAAGGGUAGAGAAGAAUUGGAGAAGUAUAACAUAUUUAAAGGAAUAAACGUGACGUUAGACGCGGGUAGCGAGGAGAAUUACGUCCCGAAUGGUGCGAAGAUUAUCGUAGACGUCGCGGAGAAGGACGCGUUGACGUUGAAAGCCGGGACAUUUGUUUCGCAAAGUGGGGAGGGGACGGUAGAGAUAACCGGUGGGUUGAAGAAUGCGGUUGGAUGCGCGGAAAGGAUUGAUUUUGAGCUCAUCAGAGGACACGAAAAAUCAGCGAGUUACGCUUUACACUGGGAACAACCGAGAGUGUUACGAUCGGACAUCGCGACAGCGUUGAGGAUUUUCCAGCAACACAACUGUUCAGUGCGACACUCGUCGUUUCACGAAACCGGAAGAGGAUUAUCGUUUCAUCUGAGCUCACCGGAACGACCGGCGACGUUAGAAUAUAAUUUGGUGUGGAGAGAAAUCACCGAUCCGACGAGAUUUGCCUCGAGAGCAGUGAGAAAAAUGUGUGGACAUUCGUUGAAAUCGUCCAUCGUGCACACGCUCGGCGGCGAAUCAGAAGAUGAUGAAGAAGAAGAAGGUGUAAAAAUAGGAAAGAAUGGAAACUGGUGGUGGAACGUCCGAACUGAAUUAGCAGGAUUGAAUCCAAUUUUUGAUUCGACGACGGAAGCGUUUGUGAAAUCAGAGUGUCACGCGAAAUACACGAGAGCGUUUCCGGAACGUGUGAAUGAUUUCUUGCCAGAAAAAAUGAAGCACUCUUUGAGUUGGCAGAUUGGCGCGCGCGCGGGUGUUAUGCUACCUUUACGAAAAGAAUUCUACACGUCGACGCCGACAUCUAGUUCCUCUGUUGUUCGCGGAUCAAACAUUGCCGAUCGAUUCUUCAUGGGUGGCGUCGGCUCUUUGCGCAUGUUUGAACCGCACGGCGCCGGACCUUGCGACGCGCGCCGCGAGAAAGAUUCGACGUUCUCCUCGCCAAGCCGCACUCCCUCGUCGCCGGGAGUGUCCGUUUCCGGUAAUUUGACGCCACCACGUUCGGUACAGUCGAGUUCACCGUAUGAUUCCUUAGGGGGGGACGUCAUCGUCAGCGGAACAGCGUCGGUGAAGAUGGACAUCCCAGUUGAAAAGUUACGCAACAUCGGCGUUCAUGGACACGUUUUCGUAAACGCUGGAUGCCUCAUUCCACACGAACAGAAAGUCAAACACACGUUUAAAGCAUCCAACUUUAGAGAUUCUUUGAGGGCGAGUUGUGGCGCUGGUAUCGUGUGGCCAUUGCCCGUAGGGAACAUUGAGCUAAAUUUUGGUCGCGUGCUUUUGGCAAACUCGACAGAUAGAGUUGUGGGAAGCAAAUUCCAAGCCGGCUUAGCGGCCUCUUUGAGCGCGUAG